AUGAGCAGAUAUGGCCGCUUACAACUUCACCAGAACCUUUCACCAAACUCUUCCCUCUCCCGCCCCGAGCUCUCCCAAGAUGUGAAGAUAGCCCUCAUGGCCGGUGGCUCCUCCAGCAUCGGUUACGCCAUAGCAAAAGCCUUCGUCCAAGCCUCCGCGGCCAAAGUCAUCAUCCUCGGCCGGUGGCUCGAAGCGAUCCAAGACGCGACAAAACAACUGCGAAAAGACAGCCAGAGGUCGGAAGUCGUCGGGCUCGCAUGCCAUGUUUCGAAGCCCGAUGAAGUUGAUAAACUGUCGACGGUGCUCGAGAGGGAGGGAACCAGGGUUGGUGUCCAGGUACUCAAUGCCGCGGGCAUGUCGCGGCCGGUGCCGAUUUUGAAACGCGGGACUGAGGGAGUCUGGGAGGAUUAUGAGAUGAACGUCAGGGGGGAUUUGGAUAUGACGGAGAGGUUUUAUAAGCAGAAAAGGGAGGGUCAUGGGUCGCAGAAGUUGCUGGUUAAUGUUUCGACGCAUGCUAUUCAUGAUUGGACUAAGAUGCCCGGAUACGGCCUCACCAAGAAUGGUGGAACGUUAGUCCUACAGUUGAUCGUGGUACGAAAUGCAGCGAAUCUUCCCGGGCAGUUCGCCGUCUGGACUGCGUCGCCCGAGGCCAGGUUCUUGCAUGGGAGGUUCGUGUGGACUGAAUGGGAUGUGGAGGAGUUGAAGAGUGGUGCGGUUCGGGAGAGAAUCUAG